UCGACCUUCAUGUGCCCUCACGAAAACGCUCAAGAUAUUCCCAACUCCGAGAUGGUGGAAGUUCCCUUGUCCAACGGAAAGCGGGGGACCAACGUACCAGUCAAUGGAUUCAAUGGUUAUACCAGCACACCGUCGCAACUGAGCAAUCCCUAUGCCCCUCGACCUUCCGAUUUCUUGUCCAAUGUCUCUAAUUUCAACAUCAUAGAGAGUACCCUCAGAGAGGGGGAGCAAUUUGCGAACGCCUUCUUCGACACCAAAACCAAAAUUGCCAUCGCCAAAGCGUUGGAUGCAUUUGGGGUGGAAUAUAUUGAACUCACAUCGCCUGCUGCUUCUGAACAGUCUCGUGCAGACUGCGAGGCUAUCUGCAAGCUUGGGCUCAAGGCGAAAAUCCUAACUCAUAUUCGAUGCCACAUGGAUGAUGCUCGCAUUGCUGUCGAGACUGGCGUCGAUGGGGUGGACGUCGUAAUUGGAACUUCCUCUUUUCUCCGCGAGUUCUCUCACGGCAAAGAUAUGGCAUAUAUCACCAAAACGGCCAUCGAAGUCAUAAACUUCGUCAAGUCAAAAGGAAUUGAAGUUCGUUUCUCCUCAGAGGACUCAUUCCGAUCCGACCUCGUUGAUCUACUCUCCAUUUAUCAAACGGUAGACAAAAUUGGCGUCCAUCGAGUUGGAAUUGCGGACACUGUUGGUUGCGCCAACCCUAGGCAGGUCUAUGACCUCAUCAGGACGCUCCGGGGUGUGGUUGGCUGUGAUAUCGAAGUUCAUCUUCACAACGAUACUGGGAUGGCCAUCGCUAACGCUUAUACUGCCCUUGAAGCCGGCGCUACUCAUAUCGACACCUCCGUCUUGGGUAUCGGUGAGCGGGUUGGUAUCACACCGUUAGGUGGGUUAGUGGCCUGCUUAUAUGCGGCCAAUCCGGAUUAUGUCAAGAGCAAGUACAACCUGCCUAUGCUGCGCGAAAUCGAAAAUCUGGUCGCUGAAGCUGUUGAGGUGAACAUUCCAUUCAUGAAUCCCAUUACGGGCUAUUGCGCUUUUACACACAAAGCCGGUAUCCACGCAAAAGCCAUCUUGAAUAAUCCUAGCACAUAUGAGAUCCUGAAGCCAGAAGAUUUUGGCCUCACACGUUAUGUAUCGAUUGGACAUCGUCUUACAGGCUGGAAUGCGGUCAAAUCACGAGUGGAGCAGCUCAAGCUCAAUAUGACCGACGAGGAAAUCAAGGAUGCGACUGCUAAAAUCAAGGAGCUGGCCGACGUUCGGACACAAUCGAUGGAUGACGUCGACUCGCUGCUCCGAGUUUAUCAUUCUGGAAUCCAGUCUGGAGAAUUGGCAGUCGGGCAGAAGGAAGCUCUGGACCGUCUACUUAGACGACACCGGGAGGAGGCACAAAAUUCAGAGUUGUCGUAG